AUGAAUAGACCCAAUAGUCAGACUAAUGAUUACUUUAAUUUAAUUGAGAAAUGCAUAUGUAGAAUAUGACUUUCUAUCAUAGAAAUUCCAAAGGAUGAUCGACUCUAUCUUAGAUAAUGUGCACAUUAAAACAAUCCAGAUAUCAUUUCUAUCCUAUUUCAAUUUAAGAAGAAAAAUGGUAUAACAUUCUAAUCCAUAGAGACCAAAGAAGAUUAUAUAUGGAUUUACGGAAAUUUUUGUAACAGAACAAAUAAGUACGUAUCCUUUAGAAGAAAUAAUAACAAUCAAAGGAAAAUCUAAGAAAUGGAUCUCCUUAAACCAAAAGCAAAUAAUAAUCCAGAUAGAAUAGCAUAAGAAACAAUAAUCCAAGAUCAUUAAGCAAAUAACUAUUGUGUAUCAAUCCAUCUGAUAAAACAUAACAUUUAUUGAUGUAUUACAAAAUUAAGAAAUUAGGACUACUCCACAUAAAUAAUAAUAAGACAGAUUAUCUCAGAAUCAAAAAUUCCACACUAGUAGUGGAGGAUUCUUUAAAGAAGUGCAAAGAUUUGAUGAAACAAUAAAGAAAUCCCACAAAUAGAAAAAAUGGACUGAAGAAGAAAUUGUGAGGAAAUAUGCUGAUCUAUUUACAGCACCUGAUUUUCUAAAGAAACAUAGAGCAAUAUCUUAAGAUACAGAUCCAGAUAGUAAAGAUUUUAAUUUUGCAAUUCCAUGUCAGAGUUUCAUUUGUUAACCUAAAUAUUAUGCUUUGUAGAAAUUUAGUGCAGAACAAAUCUUUGGAUUUAUAUAUAUGGAGACAUCAUUAAUCAAAAUAAGCAAGAAUUUCUUUUAGUACAAAAUGGAAGCAUUUUACAAUGAGAUUGAUGCUGAAAUACCAGAUCUGCAAGAAAUGUUCAUGUUUAUAGACAAAAAGAAUGAUGGUUUUAUUGAUGUCAAUGAAAUGGGAUAAUUUCUUGAUUUUGUUUGUUAAAAAGAAGACAGAUCAAUUUUCAUGAAAUUAGACACAAAUAAUUAAGGAUACUUUACAGAACACUAGAUGCUUUAACAAACUAGAGAUAGACAAUUUACAAGAAAGUAUUAUUGGUAUAUGUAAUAAAAAUAGCUAUUUUUUUGAGUUUGACAUAGAGUAGACAGGAAAGAUUACUUAUUGGGAGUAUUACUUAAGGUAUAUUUUUAAGAUUAUUAGAUAACCUACUUAAUUAGGACAGCAUUUAAAUAAAUUACUAAAAUGA